AUGAUUGUACCAAGAAUUUUGGAGCUGCUGUCGAAUUAUUACGAUGGAACGGAUGAAAUAAUUGAGGGUGAAUGGGUCUGGGCAGAAACCGGAAAACCACUGACCUAUACUAACUGGGUACCAGGUACUCCUGAUCUUCAUAAACCAAGAGAUGAAAACUGUUUGGAGAUAGUCAAAUGGACAGACCACGUGGGUGACUUUUGGAUUGGCGGAACGGAUGAAAAAGUUGAGGGUGAAUGGCUCUGGGUUGAAAGCGGAAAUCCACUGACCUAUACUAACUGGGCACCAGGUACCCCUGAUCUUCACUUACCAAGACUAGAACACUGUUUGGAGAUAGUCAAAAUGGACAAACCACUUGGAUACCCAGCUGUUGGUCCUGGUGGAAUAGCUGGAUAA